CUGUAGUGGGGGAAGGGGUUAUUGAAGUUGACGGAACCGCCAUCUUGCAAAGUGCCCUGCGAUUCUGUACCCUUUCGCGCGUGUCGGGAUCAGUAUUAUACGCUUUAUUUUUUAAACCAGAAUUUCGUGUUUUCUCCAUAUUCGUUCUGUUCACGUGUGGGGCAAAUGGCAAGAUAAACUACAUGCUGGAAACUCACCAUUUACCGUUGUCUUUCGCCUGUCCAUCACCGCUGUCUGCCUCCCAGUCCAUGUGACUUGCCUGGAAUGGGCCAUAACUCCCAAAGACUAGAACAUAAAUCUUUUUAACUUGAGCUCCGCCAAUACUCCCAGAUAUUUUUGAAGAACCGACAUGUUUUGGAAAUUUGACCUCCACACCACAUCCCACAUUGACACACUGCUAGAGAAGGAGGAUGUGACACUUACAGAGGUAAUGGAUGAGGACGACGUCCUGCAGGAGUGCAAAGCUCAAAACCACAAACUGGUUGACUUCCUGCUCAGACCGCAGUGCAUGGAGGACCUGGUUUCCUUCAUCACUCAAGAACCCAGUACUGAUGUUGAGGAGAAGGUUAAAUACAAGUAUCCCAACAUAUCAUGUGAACUACUUACGUCAGAUGUGAGCCAGAUCAAUGACAGACUGGGAGAAGAUGAAAAAUUGCUGAUGAAACUGUAUGGUUUCCUCCAGAAUGAGCCACCGCUCAACCCGCUCCUAGCCAGCUUCUUCUCCAAGGUCCUAUCAAUUCUUAUAGGACGCAAGCCUGAACAAAUAGUGGAUUUUCUGCGGAAGAGGGAGGACUUUGUAGAUUUGAUGAUCAAACACAUCGGGACAUCUGCGAUCAUGGACCUGCUGCUCAGAAUGCUCACCUGUGUUGAACCACAGCAGCUACGACAAGAUGUUCUCAAUUGGUUGAAUGAGGAGAAAGUGAUUCAGAGACUGGUGGACAUGGUACAGUCUUCUCAAGAUGAAGAUAGGCACUCCAACGCUUCCCAGUCACUGUGUGAGAUCAUUAGACUGAGCAGAGACCAGAUGUUCCAGGUCCAGGGCUGCUCAGAGCCUGACCCACUUCUGGCCACACUUGAAAAACAGGAAACAGUGGAACAACUGCUGUCUAAUAUCUUCGACAAAGAGAAGAAUGAAUCUGCAAUUGUCAGUGUCAUCCAGAUCCUCCUCACACUGUUUGAGACAAGGAGACCAGCGUUUGAGGGUCAUAUGGAGUGCCCACCUGGGAUGUCCCACCCUUCAUUCUCUGUCAAUCACAGUAUCUUGGAGGCUGUGAGACCGCGACUCAAAGAUUUUCAUCAGCUGUUACUGGAACCCCCAAAGAGGAAUGUGAUGAAGACGACGUGGGGGGUACUGGACCCUCCAGUGGGCAAUACGAGACUCAAUGUGGUCAGAUUGGUGGCCAGUCUGUUGCAAAGCAACACACACAGCAUCAACACAGAAUUAAUCAAUCUCAACACACUGGGAGUCAUACUUGAUAUGUAUUUCAAAUACAUCUGGAACAACUUCCUCCACAUUCAGGUGGAAAUCUGCACAGCCAUGAUUCUGGCUAUGCCCCCUGCCACCACAGACACCCAGCAUGUCACAGAGCAGGAACAUGCAAGGGACAGCAUCCUCAUCACACAUCUUUUUCAAAAGUGCCAGUUUAUUCAAAGAAUCUUGGAUGCCUGGACCUCCAACGAGAAAGAACAGGCGGAAGGUGGUCGACGACGAGGCUACAUGGGUCAUCUCACCAGAAUAGCCAAUUCUAUAAUUCAUAACUGUGACAAAGGUGCUAAUGGACCUCAAAUACAACACCUCAUCUCUGAGCUCCCCGUAGAGGACAGAGAAAAAUGGGAAGCCUUCAUUUCUGGGCAGCUGGCUGACACAAACAAAAGAAACACUGUCGACCUGGUGAACACACACCAUAUCCAUUCUUCCAGUGAUGACGAGGUGGACUUUAAAGACAGUGGCUUUCACCAGGACUCCUCUCUUCAACAAGCCUUUUCUGAUUAUCAGAUGCAACAAAUGACGUCCAAUUUUAUUGAGCAGUUCGGCUUCAAUGAUGAAGAGUUUGCUGAUCAGGACGAUGUUGUGGAUAUUCCCUUCGAUAGGAUAUCAGACAUCAAUUUUUCACUGAAUACAAAUGAAAGUGCAAGUAUGACUUUGUUUGAGGCCCGCUGUAAGGAAAAAAUCCAGCAGUUUGAAGAUGCUUGUUCAGAUGAGGAGGAUAUCUGGGAUGAGAAAGAUGUCACCUUUGCACCAGAGGCACAGAGACGCCCAAGGAGUUCAGGCAGCACAGACAGUGAGGAGAGCACAGACUCGGAGGAGGAGGAUGUGAAGAGAGAUCCAUUUGAAGCACCUAACUCUAGCAACGAUGACAGAAUGGAAGUUGACACAGGUCCCGUGUGGACAGCUAACUUCGAUGACAUCCCCAUGGACACGGGUACAUCCAUAGCUCCAACUUCCAGCUCAAACAGCUCUGCAUCCUCUCCUUUGUCCUCCUCCUCUUCCAUAGAAGCCCCAACUGAGGCAGCAUGGCGCUCCUCUUCUGCUGCUACCUCCAACUCUGAAGCUGGCUGGGCUGAUUUCUCCAACUUCAACCCUAUCGGCCCCAAAGAUCCUCUGAGAUGCAACUCUCCUGUUGCUAUGGAAACCAGCAUAGAGACUUCAGACCCUUUGGGGGUCAAUGCACCCACACAGGACGAAGACCGUGAUUCAUGGUUGGGUACCAGUGUGGGUUCUCCCUCUUCCACUUUACCUAAGGACCUCGGGAGAGAUCGACCAGAGGAGGAAAAUGCCUGUUCUGAGCAGCGCAGCAUCACGGAGACCGUCAUCAAUGGCUCUAUGAAAGAAACAGUCAGUCUCACUGUUGAUGCCAAGACUGAGACCGCUGUUUUCAAGAGAGUGUUGAAAUCUUAUCGUGAUGAAGAGAAGAUUGUUUCUUCAAAGAAGUACUCGGUAGGGGAAUGUGUGGAUUCAGAGACAGCAGGCACCAACAGCUCACCAACCACCUACUGUCCAAAAACGGGCAGUGAGAAAUGUCACUCCACUGUGGAGCUUCCCAAUGGUCCUCUAGAGGAAAUGUCAGCUGUAGAGGAAGCCAGGAAUUCAGAGCCAACUGUAAAUGGACCAGUGUGAAGGUCACUUGCCAAUGCCAAUGGCCAGUCUGUUCUGCCAUGCAGGGCACUCCUCCUGGCCAGCCAGCAGAGACCACUGCUUAGUGCUGUGCUAAACACAUGCCCCACUAGGACCAGCAAUACUCCCAUUGGCUUAUCACUGACGGACAGGUGUACAGACAAAGGAUGAACUGAAAAGCAAAACAGGAGACACUCAAAUGGAUACAGAAUAUUUUUUUCUGCAUUUGUUUAUUUACUGUUGUUCUUAUGAGGUGAUGUGUGACUGAUAUCUUGACAAACAAAAUUAAAUGGUAAAGUUGC